UCGACAAUCAUAGAAAAAUUCAAAAUGGCUGAAACUCGUUGGACUGCGACAGACGUCCCGUGAAAUAUGCCUUUUGUAGAACGAUACAUAAUAACUGUAAAUAAACAUUAAAGUGCAGGUAUCGUGUUCCUCGCAGUGUCCCGUGCUAGUGCAUGUUGAUGUCACCUAUGUGUUAACGUUGUGAUAAAGUGAAAAGAGAGAGUUUUUGUGAGUGUUUUGUGUCUUGUUUUCACGGAGAUCAUCACUUUGCUGUCCGUUUUGGAUUUAUGUUUACUUGGUCACGGUGAUGCUGGGCGGGGCGGGCGGGGCGGCGUCGCCGGCGGGCGACGAGCUGCUCACCGUCACCGUCGUCCGGGACGAGCACGGGUAUGGGAUGAAGGUGUCCGGUGACAACCCUGUGUACGUCCAGUCGGUGAAGGAGCACGGCGCCGCGUGGCGAGCCGGGCUGCGCUCGGGCGACAGGAUCCUGCGCGUGGACUCGGUGCCAGUGCACCAGCACACGCACCAGCAGGUCGUGCACUUGAUACGAGCAAACCCCAGCACCGUGCUGACCGUACAGCAGAACAGUUCGCGGCACAAGACGCCCAUCACAGCGCCCGUUCCAGUCAAUUCGGAAAAGCAACGUCAACUGGAGGUGUCUAAAGCUCACACGGUGCGGUUGAUGCUGGAACAGGAGCAGAAAUACAUCCGAGAUCUCAGAAAUGAGCUCCUCAAAGUGCCGGAUGUGAGGAAACAGGCGCAGCUCGAGUCCGCCGAGCAGAGAUGUUCAAAGUUACAGCACGAGAUAGACACCAUCAUCGCUGCUCAGCCUGAAGCAGUGCAACCACCAUCAACACCAAAAUUGACCCGAGCCAAGGACAGUCUCCCGAACACCGGUUUCCUUAGCGGCCUACCCAGGUCACUCAGCAACCUGACCGGUCAGAGCUUGAGGAACUUACGGCAAGCGAGACAGAAACAGGAAACCCAGCCUCUAGUCCGACAAAAUUCAGAUGAAACUAACAAUAAAAGGAGGCACGUUCACAACAACACUGUACCGAUGGUUCCCACAACUUGUCUGGAUAACACACCCCCACCACUACCGCCCAGAUCCAUAGAACGGCCGAAGAGGAUACCUCUGAGUCCACACAGUCCGACAAUAAGCCCGGUCAACCCGUUAGCAAUGCAAAAGCCAUGUACAUCUUCCCCGAUACACAAGCAAUACUAUAAGAAACCGUACCCGAUGCACCAGUCGAUGCCGCCGUAUAGGGAGGAGAAAUUCAGAAGGUCGUCGCAUUCUUUGGACGGCGAGCUGGAAGGGCCCCAACCGAAUUCGAUCGCCUUGCAAAUGAGCUAUCCGCUGGUUAAUGUGCCGCCGCCGCCUUUGCAGACGGACAACCGUAGCGCAGUUCCUAUACUGCAUGUAAGGAGUCAGUCGUCCCCCGAACAUUUGGACCAUGAGUUACCACGAAAUCAGAGUUGUUUACAUCACACGACUGAGAAAGAGGCGUGGUCUCGCGGGACUCCGCCCCCCGGCACUCCGCCGCCGCCCUACCCGCACCCCGCGCACCCCUCACAUCCCGCACACCCUGCUAUGCGUACUCAGCCUUGUGCUGACCCGCAGCGAGCUAUAAUAUCAAUGGAGGAGGAUGACUCCCCAGCAUCUGACAACUCCACAUACUCUGGCCUGUUCUCCAACUUGCGAUCUGUACGAGAGUCGAAAGCACGCACGGCGGUACUCAUCAAUUGGUUGCUGGGGGAACGGAGAUGCGCGUGCGCCAGCCUGCUCCUGGUGCUGACAGACUCGUAUCGCUCGGCGGCGGGCGUCACCACUCACACGCUGCGUCGCUGGGCCUACGAGCUACAGUCCACCUUCCUUAUGCCCAACGCGGUACUACAAUUGAACGGCGUAGACGAAAACAUGGCGAACGAAAUCGAACAUGUUUUAGUUAACGAGUUCGACAAAGAAGAACUGCUGCGAAACGUAUUCCGCAAGGCGCGGCGGCAGGCCAAGGAUGAGUUGGCGCGGCAGCUCAGCGAGUUCCAGGUCAAGCGGCAGGUGGGGCUCGGCACGCUGUACGGGCCCGAGGACGCCGUGCUCGAGCGCUGCGAUGUUGAUAAAGCACAGGAGCUUGUGGUUGUGGAGAGGCUGAUGUGCCAGCGGCUGAGCGCGGUGGCGGCGGCGGGCCCGGCCGGCUCCUCGCCCGACGCGCACAACGCGCUGCUGGCGGCGCUGGUGGCCGCCGCGCUCUGUCUGCACUGCAGGCCGUCGUCAGUGGCGGCGGCGGCGGGCGGCGCGCGCGCGUCAUUCCUGCAACGCGACAAACCUUACAAGCAGCGGCUCAAGCAGAUGGCGAAGCUGCAUCCGCAACCGUACGUGGUGCGUGGUCACCACCUUCAGCUGCAGGCGCUGACGUCGGUGGGUCACUGCCACCACUGCGACCUGGUCAUCGAGGGACUGGCGCCGCAGGCUUACGUUUGCGCUGACUGUAAGCUGCGCGUGCACCGGAACUGCGCGCGCGACGUGGAGGAGGGCUGCUGCCUGGACGGUGAGCACCACAACAACAGGAUCUCGCGCUUCAUGGACCGGAUACACUCCAACCAGCCCGGUUUGGAUUCGAGUGACAAAAAGUCGAGGAAGUCAUCGGGCACCGCGAACUUUCUUCAUAUGGAACGCAGCUUUCGGAAAAUGGAGGACGAGACUCCGUGGGAACACACGCUUACGCCGGCAGCGUUUCAAGGAGAUUCAAGAAGAGAAGGAUCAACAGACGAGCCUUCGGCCCCAGACGUGGACGUUGACACUAGCGACACCACGGUAAAGGAACCCGAAAAGGAAACCAACUGGAAAGGCGCGAGCACCGGCGCGCGGGGCGUUAAUCGCGCGGAGAGCUGCCGCGAGCGCGACGCGCCCAGGCGCGGCAAGCACCGCAACGCGUCCGACCCCAACCGCCUCACCGCGCACCACAACCAUGACUUGGAGCCCGGCGCGGCGACCGCUCCCUCAGGCAGCUCGAGCAGUUCGAGCUUGUCUUCUAGAAGCAACGAAAGCAACACCGUUGCGGCCGACCAGCAAGCCUCUCAGUCGGAUUGGUCGGAGGAGGAAGAGCCCCUGGCGGCGCAGUGGUCGGACAGCCUGCCGGCGCACAUUCGCGACUCCAUCGUUCUGUCGGCCAGGAUCAGGAAGCGGCAGGAGGUCAUUCACGAGUUGAUAGUGUCAGAGGGCUCCCACGUGCGCUGGCUCAAGGUGCUGGGCGUGGACUUCCUCAAGCCGCUGGAGCGACAGCCGGCGCUGCUGCCCGCGGACGAGCUGCGCGCGCUGUUCCCCAACCUGCCGGGCGUGCGCGAGCGGCACGCGCGCCUGUACUCGGAGCUGCGCACCGUGCGCAACGACGCUCAGCAGCACGUCGUGCGCAUCCGACCCGUGGCAGACGCCAUGUUGAAUACGCUCGGUGAUUCCGGUUAUUCUUCCUGCCUGUCCAAGUUCUGUCGCGGGCAGCGUAUGGCACUCGACGCGUUGCGGGAGCGACGGCGCAAGAACAAGGAACUGCAUCAGUUCCUGGCGGGCCGCGAGCAGUUGCCGCGUUGCGGGCGCCUGCAGCUGCGCGACUUGCUGGCCUGCGUGUGGCAAAGACUAACGAAGUACCAGCUCCUGUUGGAGAGCAUACUGAAGACAGUGGCGGAGGACGUGUGCGACAAUGAGGAAUGCGACAGCGCGGACGACAUCGCGCAGCUCAAGAAGGCGCUCACGGUGGCCAAGGAGGUUCUACAUAGCGUGGACACCGCUAUACGGACUGCUGAAAACGAGCACAGGUUGCGAUCAAUCCAGAACAAGUUAGAAGUGCGCAUCCCCGGCGGUGUGGGCAGCGGGGGAGAGUUUGAAGAGCUGCGACGGCUGGACCUCACGGCGCACGCGUUGAGGCACGAGGGAGAACUGUCUCUGCGGACGGACACGAAGAAGAUUAGCGUGCUCGCGCUGAUGCUGGAGGACAGCCUGGUGCUGCUGCAGCGCGAGGGUGACAAGUUCGUGCUGCGCCCGCUCGCGCAACCUUCCCACUCCGUGCUGCUGUCGCCGCUCAUACGAUGGGACAAGGUUCUGUUUCGGCCGAACGCAGCGGUGCGCAACACGUUCUUCCUGAUGAACAUCAACGGUAUCCAGAUGCACGAGCUGUCCGCCAACACGGCCAACGAAUACGUCACUUGGGUGAAGCACAUACAAGAGGCGCCCCUGGCGCGCCUCGCGGAGACUAAGCCUAGUCUCACGCCGUCGCACCAGCACGCGCGCUCCGCUGACGACUCCGGUAUAAACGUGUCCCGCAAUCCAUCGGACGCGUCCGAGAAGUCGACGACGUCGAGUGCGCCGCCCGACGAGCCGUGCGAGAGCGAGCGAGAGCGCGCCUCGCUAGAGCGGGACGACGCGAGCGAGCGAGACAAACAGUCUCUGGAACGAGAAGAGAGCGAGAUGGACACACGCGCCGCCUCAGUCGAUAAGGAGGACAAUGUCGAUGAGAAGCCGAAACAAACGACAGUGGGGCGCAUCUUGAUCCACGAGGGCGAGGCGGCGCCCCCGCUGGAGCCGAGCGCCGCCGUGACGGUGCUGCCGCCGCCCGGCGCCGUGCACACCGCGCAGCGCGCCUUCUCGCACCAAGAUCGUCUGCGGCGGUUGGACGAGGCCAUCAGCAACGCCCUGCGCGCCAAGAGUGCGGUGGUGGCGGAGCUGCUGGGCGUGCCGCCCAACAGUUUCACGCACCUCGCCGAGCUGGCGGUCGCUGACACCAUGGGACAAGUCGACAUUUGCGGCGGCGUGGUGCCCAGCGAGGCGGACAGCGCGCCCGACUUACACCAGCUGCUGUUGGCCGCGCAGGCGCAGGCUAACCAGCUAACGGAGACCCUAAGUGGAGCGCUGGCGCUAAGCGACGCGAGCUCCGUUGCGGCGAGGAGCGGCCGCUGCGACUCGUGCCGCCGUCCCAGGCACGCUCCCGAUAAAUGUAUCGAGCCUACAAGUGACAGGAGCGCGGAGGACGCAGAGCGGCGCGCCGAGCGCCUCAGGGAGCGGUCGGAGGGCGACGCGUCGUUCGACAUGUUGCACGACUUGUCGACCAACGAGCCAAACGCUGUCGACUCUGUAUUAGAGGACGAGGUGGGCGCGGCGGGCGCGGCGCGGCUGGCGGGGCGGCUGGUGGGUGGCGUGUGCGGCGUGCAGGCGGCGCUGGCGGCCAUGCUGUCGGCGCUGCCCGCGCUGGAGCACGAGCGGCGCAGCCUGCGCGCCGAGGUGGCCACGCUGCGGGACCGGGUCGACGCGCUGCGACAUCGCAACGGUGAGUGUACACCUUUACCAGUGAUAUAGCUAGCCUACGUCCAC